AUGCCCUCCUCUGACCCCGUUCUCACCGGCGGCCAAGGGCAAUCCGAUCACACGGCACAGCUCAGGAACCGUCUCUGGGAGAACGUGGCCAGCAGCACACUCGACAAUAUCUUUUCCAUUCCUUUGGCACAAAAACCGGAUGACAAUGAAGACGGUUCACUACAGGGCACACGCUAUAACGUCGAUGAGAAAUGCCGGCAACAGCUCCAGGCUGCCCUUUGCGAAGGGGUUUCCACCACCCCAUUCGGCGCUCCCUCUGCCUUCCCUCCGACGGACGUCCUAAACCAAGGGUUGGAUCUGUUCAUUCGCCAGUUUCACCCUGCAUUACCCUUUAUCCAUCUUCCGACGUUUUCGGCGAAGAACGCCCCGCCGUUGCUCCUGUACACAAUGUGUCUCACUGGCAUGGUCGUGCUGGGGACCAAAGAGGCCCUCAACUUCGUCCGUAGGAGUUAUUUGCCCUUCUUGAGAAUGAUCAAGGCUGAAUUGGCCAAAUGCUCUGCCUCUGCCGGUAAUGACAGCACACCGAGCACCUUGUCAAUCUUUGCAACCGCCUUUCUUUUCUUGAAUAUGGUGGUUUUUACAAAAGAACAUAUCGAGAAAAGCACAAUGCUUUGGGUUGAUUUGAUCUCGAUCGCACAAGAUCACGGCCUUUUUGCCUCCAUCGAUGGGCAAAUACCCAACACGAAUCUGUCGAAAACAAUCCAGGACCGUGAUGCCAGAUGGAAGGCCUGGGGCAGAGUCGAAUCUGCAAAGCGCAUGAUCGUCGGUCUCUUGUUGCUGGACUCUUGGUACUCGUGGCGUUUGUGUCGGACGCCCAUCAUCACGCCUGGGUCCGUUCAGUUCAUUCCCCCGAACAAUCAAGUUCUAUUCGAGGCCGACACCUCUGGGCAGUGGGAGCUCAUCGGUGGCGAGGGCAACCUUCUGCAACCAAUCGUGCUGACUUCGUUGGAGAGCAUCAAGGUUCCCUCGUUAGGCAAUCCAGUAGAUGACGUCUGCAUGUACGGAGUAUUGGCCAUGAUACAGCUCCGGCAGUCGGAGGCCUACCAUCGCUUACUGCUGAACCGUGCCAGCCAGCCUUUUGUUCCAGGUUACGUAUUCGCGACAGACAGCCGCGCGCGUUGUCUGUUAUCGCUCCAGAUUCAGAUCGCCCACCAGUACGGUGACGUCCUGGAGCGGUUAAAUCCCAACGUCGCUAUCAUGUGGCACAUCAUGUGCAUGACCCUCACGGCCGACCUACAGCUCUUCAUCCGGGCUUCUGAAAGGAACGUGCCCACUUCCGUGCGUAAGACCUCCCUCAGACAGAUCAAAGCAUGGUCGCAGACACCGGCAGCCCGACGGGCCUGUUUGCACGCGGCGCACAUCUACAAAGCCAUUCACAAAGCUAUCGCGAACGACAUGGGCGCCAAACACCUGCUGUUUCACUCGGAAUCUUCUUUAUUCUUCGCGGCGCUGGUGUUGGCGCUCUACAAGCUCACUGUGCCCGAGCCCAAGGCUCCGCCAGCCGGUAGCACAUCUAUCGAACUAUUGAACGAUCUUCAGUGGCCGACACUGGGCACGGAGUGCUUCGCCAGCAUAGUGGACCCCGAGCCGUCGGACAACCUGGCAAUCAACUUCAUCCGCAACAGUGGCACGGUGUCCAUGGACGGCGUUCCCCUCCCGAGUGGCUGCCUGUCGGCACGACACGUUUUGAGAAAGUAUGAGAGACUUUUGGAAAAGUCGGCGAAGUGGAGCAUGGGGAAUCUUUCGCGCGGGCUUCGUCUCUUCCAUGAUGAUCUGUUUGGCAAUGAGUUAUUAUCUUGGGAUACGGGUGCGAUCGACUAGAAUCAUGUCUAUUUGUAGUCCCAGGAGCCUUUCUAAGAGCCAAGUCUCUAUACUGGGAUAUCAGAGGCUGCUCUUUGGACGAGAGAGAUCCCUAUUGGCGGUUUUAGAACUGUUUCCCUCACUUUCACAGGCCGUCCCCUAGUUGGCAGGGCCCGGAUUUAUAUCCCUAGUACAUCGUUAGCCUGGAUCAAUAUACAUACAGACACUUCUAAUAAUCUGGUAGAACCAUCCCUAUUCUCAUCAAGGACUCAGAAUACCAGAGAUGUUCCUUCCAGAGGGUUUAAGCUCUGCGGUACAUUCUCCAUAGCACGGCAUGUCAUCUCAUCACAGUCCCUUACACGAAAAGAACAGGUUGAGUCGAAAAAAAAACCGUCAAGAGAGGAGUUCAAUUGAUUUGAUGUUUAUGAUUCACCUGUCUAUGUAUCACGUGAUAUGUCUGUAUGUCAUCCUGACGAAGCAACUCGCAAUGGAUGAUUAGUAUCGCAUAUUCCGGGCCUAUAA